AUGCAGCUGGGCGUCAGUAAGAUCAGACGGUUAUGCGAGUGCUAUAAUUUCAUUCUGUUGGCUUUGGUGUUACGGCACCGAGACGAGCCACAGAUGAUUGCAUUCCACAAUAACCAAUUGACGAACCUCUCUACGGAGAACCUUCUAGAAUUCGAGGACGAGUUCCUCUCCUUGAUCAGGGAGUAUUACGAAGACAAGGAGAAUUGGAUGCCCUUCGAGGCCCUGAGCACGCUGGUGCCGAAUGAACAAAGUGAGGAAGAGGAAGACUAUGCCCGAAGCCAGCUACGUGAAAUAGAAGAUACGCGCUAUGUAUCCAUCUUCCAGCAAGACUACCGAUAUCCAUUCGAAACACCCGGACAGAUGGAGGUUUCCCCAGAGCGAUUGCGCUUUGGAGACUUCUGUAGCAGUCCGGGUGACGAUGACCCUUCGGCAUCCACGAGCGCGGGAGUGACGAGGAAAGUGAAUGAUGAGGUCGAGUAUGGGUCGGAGAUCAGGGUAUCAGAGAUUACAGCCGGGGUAUCAGGUAUAUGUUUGUGA